AUCUAAUUGACAACAGCUGAGUCGUCUGGGUUUUGGUUGAAGAGGUGAAAAAAUGAGAGUUACCAAAGCACUUCUUGGACAACAUUUUGGCGAAUUAGCCUACCUUAGGGGCCUUGUUUAUUAUAAACUAAGCCCUUUUGAACAGAGAGCAUUUGCUGGCUUCACAAAAUCUUUAUCUCGAACAGCUUACAGAUUGUCUAGUAAUCUUUUAACAGUGGUUCCACCAUUUAUUGUUGGAUACUUUGUAUUUACUGAAACCGAAAAAACGUUUCAUCAGAUGUGCAGAAAGAACCCUGAAGACUAUGUUAAUGACAAGUAGAUUGAAUCAGAUAAAUAUGUAAAUACUUAUAGGAUUAACUAGAACAAUUGUAAUUUAUUAAUAAAGUUUGCC